AUGGCUUCCCCCGAUCUCGAGGCCGCCACUGCCCUCAAGGUGCAGGGGAACAAGGCCUUCGCGGAACAUGAGUGGCCUACUGCCAUAGAUUUUUACUCGAGAGCCAUUGAGAAGUAUGAUAAGGAGCCGUCGUUCUUUAGUAACCGCGCUCAGGCACAUAUCAAACUUGAGGCUUACGGUUUUGCGAUCGCUGAUGCCUCCAAGGCACUGGAGCUUGACUCCAACUAUGUCAAGGCCUAUUGGCGCCGCGCCCUUGCGAACUCCGCUAUUCUGAACUACAAGGAAGCCCUGAAAGACUUCAAGGCCGUGAUCAAGAGAGAGCCCAACAACCGUGAUGCCAAGCUAAAGCUCACCGAGUGCGAGAAGCUCGUUCGUCGGCUCGAGUUCGAGAAGGCGAUCGAGGUCGGUGACCCGCCCUCUGCUUUCGAGGACCUGGAUAUCGAUGCGAUGGUUGUGGAUGACAAGUAUGAUGGUGUGCGCUUGGAGAAGGAAAUGACGCAGGAGUUCAUUGAUGAUAUGAUUGAGCGGUUCAAGAACGGGAAGAAGAUCCAUCGCAAAUAUGCUUUCCAAAUAAUCAAGGCCGUCAAGGAUCUUGUCUAUGCGGAACCGACGAUGGUGGAGGUUGGUGUUAAGGAGGGUACUAGGUUGACGGUUUGCGGUGACACUCAUGGUCAAUUCUUCGAUCUCCUCGAGAUCUUCCGCCUGAACGGCUACCCUAGCGAUACCCAUGCUUAUCUCUUCAACGGUGACUUCGUGGACCGUGGAUCGUGGUCGACGGAGAUUGCUCUUCUGCUCUACGCCUACAAGUGGCUGCGGCCCAACGGAAUCUUCCUGAACCGUGGAAACCACGAGACGGACGACAUGAACAAGGUGUAUGGCUUUGAGGGCGAGUGCAAGGCCAAGUACAAUGAGACGGUGUUCAAGGUCUUCUCCGAGUCCUUCUCGGCUCUGCCGCUGGCUACGUUGAUCGGCAACAAGUACCUCGUGCUCCACGGCGGUCUCUUCUCGGAUGACAACACUACUCUUGAUGAUAUCCGCAAGCUGAACCGUCACAACCAGCGCCAGCCCGGACAACAGGGCUUGAUGAUGGAAAUGCUGUGGACAGACCCGCAGACCGCGCCCGGUCGCGGACCCAGCAAGCGUGGUGUUGGUCUUCAGUUUGGUCCGGACGUCACCAAGCGCUUCUGUGAGAAGAAUGGUCUGGAGGCAAUCAUUCGUUCGCACGAGGUGCGCAUGGAGGGCUACGAGGUCGAGCACGACGGACGGUGUAUCACCGUCUUCUCUGCUCCGAAGUACUGCGACACCACGGAGAACAAGGGAGCCUUUAUCAAGAUCGGGCCCGAGCUCAAGCUUGAGUACCAGGUGUUUGAGGCUGUUCCUCACCCGGAUAUUAAGCCGAUGUAUCUCACCUCCGACAAGUCCAGCUUCGCCUCGGUCUCGGCCCACGAACGCUGGCCGGUCAUCUUGACUGGCGCGAUUGAUGAUCUGCACCGCAGCGUUGCCGAUGUAACCGACGAGGAGAAGCGUCAGGAAGGGAAAGCGAUCAUUGGGAACCUCGCAGCUUUCAAAUAUGAGCUGCAACACAACAGACAGUUGACCCCCCUCCCCGACGACGGCCAGCCCGACAUUGCGGCGUACAACCAGGAGCUGGAGCAGCGGGGAAACCCUUCAUGGCACGACGUCGCAUGGCUCUACUCAGAAUGCUACCUCUACAGACGCCUGAGCACCUUCUUCUCCCUCUCCAAGCACUGGAAGGGCUAUGACGUGUUUGCCCGCCAGAAGAUGUCCACCUUCAAGUCAUCUCGCCCCGCCGUCCUCGAACUCGCCGCACGAUACAAGGAACUGGCCGAGGAAGCAAGCAAGGGCACGGAUGGCAAGACCGCGGAGCAGAUCGAGCAAGCCGACCGCAUCCUCUUUUCCGAGAUGUGCGAGAUCUGCCUCUGGGGCAAUGCCACUGACCUCUCCCUGCUCACCUCCCUCACCUACGAAGACAUCCAGAAGCUCCAGGGCUCGGAAGCCCGCAAGGCCUCGGAGAAGAAUAUCCUCGUCAACGACCUCAAUGCCUCCUUCGACGUCCUGCACCAGGCCCGCCGCGACCGCAAGAAUCAGGAUCGCCGCGUCGACAUCGUCCUCGACAACUCCGGCUUCGAGCUCUUCGUCGACCUCAUCCUCGCCGGCUACCUCCUCUCCGCCGGCCUCGCAACCACUGUCGUCCUCCACCCCAAGAACAUCCCCUGGUUCGUCUCCGACGUCACUCCCCCGGACUUCGCCGCCCUUAUCGCCGCCCUCUCCGACCCGCAGGCCUUCUACACUUCCCCCGACGAGUCCGGCAAGACCUUCGACCCCCUCUCGGAGAAGGAAGUCUCCGAAGUCAAAUUCCUCUUCGACCACUGGAGCCACCUCCACGCGGAAGGAAAGCUGAUCAUCCGUCCUCACACCUUCUGGACUACCCCAGGAAGCUACUGGCGCAUGCCAUAUGUAGCCCCGGACCUCUUCAACGACCUGAAGGACAGCGAAUUGGUCUUGUUCAAGGGUGACUUGAACUACCGCAAGUUGACCAACGAUGCUGCCUGGGACCCAACCACCCCCUUCACAGAAGCCAUCGGCCCACUGGGCCCGCAAUCCGGCGUCCGCGUCAUGGCUUUCCGCACCUGCAAGGCCGAUGUGGUGGUUGGUCUGCCCAAGGGUGUGGAUGAGGAGCUCCGCCAGAUGCCUAACGGUGGGGGCGACGAGGCGCGGAAGUGGGCGUGGAGUGGGAAGUGGGCUGUUGUGUCGUUUUGUGAUGGGAAGGCUUAG